AUGGCCCAAGAAGAUGUUAAAGAACUAGAAACCUUAGAAACAAGAUUGAAAAGUCUCUUCGAAAGCUACCAAAGCGCAACAAAAGAAAUCAAGGAGAAAUUAAUAGCGACCAAGGCCGCGCAGGAGGAGAUUGAUGGGGAUCUGGACACCUUUCUCCAAGUUCAAGAUGAAGUGUCUGGAGCAAGAUCAAUCAUCAAGCAGAAGAAGCAAGAAUGGUUGGACGACGUGAAAGAAAAGCAAGAGGCAAAGAAAGAAGAGGACAGAGACAAACGAUUGUUAGCGCUCUUCCAACAACAGGCAACAAGCCAAGCAGCAAAUCAAGCGGCAAAUCAAGCAGCAAAUCAAGCAGCAAAUCUAGCAACAAGUCAAGCACAGAUGGUGCAAAUUAUUGCCAAAAUCAUGGCGGCCAUUCCGGCACCUCCCGCGCCAGUAAUCAACGUGACGGCAGCACCAGCCCCAGCUUCAGCCGUACAGUCGAUACGAUUGCCGCAGCGACAAAUCAAGCACUUCAGAGGAGAUGUACUGGAAUGGACCCAAUUCUGGGAAUCAUUUAACGCAGCUGUCCACUCUUCGUCUCUAUCGAACGUGCAAAAAUUCGAUUACCUCAAGGAAUAUCUUAAAGGUGAGGCGUAUCUGUUGGUUAACAAUCUUGAAUUAACAGACGCGAAUUACCAAGUCGCAAUAGACGAACUGAAAAGGAUGUACGGGAAGACGGACGUUCUAAUCGACGCGCACAUGGAGAAACUGGAUACCCUGCAGCCUAUAAAGGACGGGAACGAUGUUCCAGCUCUAAGGAGCUUCCAGCUGAAUCUCCAAUCGCACAUCAGCGCGUUGGAAACGUUAGGAGUCCCCACAAGCUCCUUCGGAGGACUCCUCGGAGCAAGAUUAAUCAAAUUAAUUCCUACCAGGCUCCAACAAGAAUGGGCAAAAUCGCCAACAAACAAAUCAACGGACAUCGAGAUGGUCAUCAAAUUCAUUGGAGAUCAAAUCGAUGCGGCCGAAAGGUUCAACCGGAUCAAAGGAGUGGAAAAGGAGAAAUUAUCCCCAGCUCCUAAACAGCCCAAACCGGCAAAUCCAUCGCCAGCAACAGCUUCACAACUGGCAGUAGGAGCCAAAGCAAGUCCAGCUCCUCAGGUUAAAUCCGCCUUAAAAAGUAAAAACGUUAAAUUUAACCCAAGUUGGAUUGUGUGCGAAAGGCCGUGCAUCUUCUGCAGCCAAAUUCACUGGCCGACAAAAUGUCCGAAAGGGCUGACGGAAAGGAAAAAGAUAAUCUUUGAUUUGAAAAGGUGCGUCAACUGUUUUGGAGACAAACACGCGCUGAAGGAUUGCACAUCCGCCCGGAACUGCAACAAGUGCGGAGGGAGGCACCACACCGCUCUCUGUGACAAAGGAGACGUCAGAGUCACCAAUCCCACAACAGCAGCAAUAAUCGUGGCCAGCGAUCCAACUUUGACAACCACAGCCUGUGCAAGCAGCUUUGGACAAUUGAUGCUGAAAACGGCAACAGUCAUCAUCAGCGGCCAAAACGGUAACGAAACAAGAGCGAUUUUAUUUGCAGACGACGGAAGUCAUCGUUCUUGGGUGUUGAAAUCACUCUCAUCGCAACUUAACAUGAAGACAGUAGCGGUGGAAAACAUCAGCACAAGAGUGUUUAAGAAAAAGGAACCCAACAAACCCGAAAUGACAAAAAACGUCGAAAUGCAAGUAAGGGGCACCUGGCAAGGCGCCCCAAAAUUUACACUAAUGGCUUUAGAAUCAGAUCACAUUUCAGAUACCGGCCCGUACGUAGGAUCUGAAUUUGCAAACAGCCUCUGGAUCCAAAACGAAAAAUUGGCCGACGACAGAUUCGAGAUGGCACACACCGAAGAUCAGCCAAUUGGAAUUUUAGUCGGAAUGGACCAGAUGUUCCAGAUCAUGUCGAAUGAAGCCGCCAUACAGAGUCCAUGCGGAUUGCGCGCGUUUCAAACGAAACUCGGAAGAAUGAUUGCUGGACCAUCACAAGAAGCAAAAUCGAAGACAGGAACUCAAGUAAUCCAAAAUUUAAUUUUAACAUCAAGUUACCCGAUUCCACAGAUUACGUCAACAUUCGCGACAAGUAGCCAAAAAAGAAAAAUCCUUUCAACUCAAGCAAACAAAACUCCGAUGGAAAAGGAGACUGGAACGGCCAGUCCCCAAACUACGUCAAUAGGAGCGUCAUUCUCAGAUGCCCCAACCGGAUCCAGCGGAGAAGAAGAUAGUAAAUGGUUUGAGAAGGAAGAACAAGUUGCUGCUAAUUUCGACCUUUUUCUUUUCUGGAAAAUAGAAAAUUUUGCGAACCUUGAAGGCGCUGAUGCAGUGGAAUCGGAUGAUCGCUUCGAUUUCUUUGACGAAAAAAUCACAAGAUGGCCAGAUGGAAGAUAUUGUACACCAAUCCCUUGGACGACGGACAAGUGGAGACUUCAGAAAAAUCUCCCGUUGGCCACCGGAAGAGUGGAAAGUACAAUAACAAGAUUGAGAAAAAAUCCAGGAAAUUGGGUGAAUUACCACGCAGAAAUCCAAAAGCUAAUCGAUAGCAAAUUCGUCGAAGAAGCGAACAUGGACUACGAAGACCUUCACACCUAUCUCCCACAUCAUCCGAUCUUCAGAGUCGACAAAUCAACGACGAAAAUCAGACCCGUCUUUGAUGGAGCAGCCAAAACGAAGUUUGGACCAAGUCUGAACGACGUGUUGGAGACCGGACCAAAUCUCAAUCCCGAUCUCCUAUCAGUGCUAAUACGCUUCAGAAAGUACGAGAUUGCCUGGAUUGCCGACAUAGAAAAGGCUUUUCUAAACAUCGCCCUGCAGCCGGAAGACGCUGAAGCAAUCAGGUUUUUAUGGCCCAGGGAUCCAGCAGUGGCUGGAUCGCCUCUAAUUGCCUACAAGUGGAAGAGAGUGCCCUUUGGCCUUAGCUCUAGCCCCUUUCUCCUACGUGUUACAAUUAACAAACAUUUCAAAUCACUUAAGUCUCGUUUUCCAGAAACUAUUCAACAGCUGGAAGAGAGUUUGUACGUUGACGAUUACCUCGGCGGAGCAAGCAAUUUGUCGAUCGCCAAAACAAGAGUCGAUGAGACAGACGAGAUCUUCAGUGACGCCCAACUCAACAUGAGAAGCUGGGCAACCAACAGCGAAGACCUAAAGCAACACCUGAAGGAGAAAGGACUGUCGAAUCAAGUCGUAGGCCUACUCUCCCCAGCCUUGGACGGCCAACAGAAGGUGUUAGGAAUCCGGUGGGACACCGGAUCCGAUUCUUUCAAAUUUGAUCCAGCAUCCAUCAUCCAAGCAGUGGAAGAAGUGGGAACGGAAAUCACCAAAAGAAAGAUACUCAGUAUCUCGCUCUGGGAAAAGGAGAUAGGUUGGGACCAAGCAGCUCCAGCCGAUAUCCAAAAAUCUUGGAAAAUAGUGAUGACUGGCCUCACUGAUUUCACCGAACUACAAAUUCCACGAUGGAUAGGAUUAUCUGACAAGGUUACGUCACACGAAAUCCACGUCUUCGGAGACGCUUCUGAAGCAGCGUAUGGAGCCGUAGCCUACGCCCGACUCCAAAUAGGACAAGAAGAUCCACUCAUCAUCUUACUGGCCAGCAAAACGAGAGUUGCACCUCUACCUAAGAAAAAAGUAACUUUACCGCGUUUAGAAUUGCUGAGCUCACUUUUGGCAGUACGUUUAGGUGAAGUGGUAAAAAUUGCAAUGCAAGUCCAGCAUUGGGGAACCAUCUACUGGUCGGACUCCUUGGUUGCACUAGGAUGGAUUAGAGGAGAGCCGAACAAAUGGAAACCAUUCGUCCGAAAUCAAGUGGAGACGAUGCGAAAAUUCUCACAGCCCGAGUGGUGGAGACACUGUCCAGGUCUCCAAAAUCCGGCCGAUCUUGCCUCGCGGGGAGCGCCAGCGCCAACGCCGGUAACCUCAACUCUCUGGUGGAACGGCCCGAUUUGGCUAAAAGGAGAAGAAACGGAAUGGCCAGAUCCUCCCAACGACCAUAUUCCACAAACAACCCAGUCCGAAAUGGAAUCGGAAGCAAGGAGUACGACGGUCAGCACAACAGCCGCCAUCGCAAUUCCAACAGCCUCCGUCGACUGGAAUCUCGACAAAAUUUCCACCUGGAAUCGACUGUUAAGACGAACAGCCUGGGUCUCACGAUUCCUCAGCAGGAGUCAAAAGAAGCUCAGACCUCCCGGUCCAGAACGAAUGGAGUCGAUAAAAGCAAUUGGACCAGAUGGAAAAGGAAGUGGAAAAGUUAUCCGGAUUACAAGAUUAUCCAGAGAGGAGCUGGAUGAAGCGGAACUAACGAUCUACAGACAGCUCCAACGAGAGCGGUAUCCGAAGGCGUUUGAAUCGCUACAAUUAGACAACACAAUCCAGCCCAAGGAGAAAAUCGCUGCACUUUUUCCAAUCUGGGACGCCAGAGACCGUCUCGUUCGAAUCCAUGGGAGAGUAUCACUUGCCCUAAGAGAUAGAAACAUCGAUCCCCCAAUUUUGCUUCCUGCAUCACAUAUAGUAAUCACUUUCUUAAUUACAGACAAACACGAGUCGCUACUACAUGCAGGAGCAAAGGUGACACUAUCAGAGUUGAAAGAAAAAUUCUGGAUAGUCAAAGGACGCCAGCAAGUGAAAAAGAUUCUGUUUACUUGUGUGGAAUGUAAAAGACUGACAUCGCCACCAUUCCAGGAAUUAGCAGCCCCUCUUCCUUUAAACCGACUCAAACAUGCACAAUCUUUUCACGUUACAGGAGUCGAUUUCGCUGGACCACUGCUGUACAAACCAGCACAGCGAAGGAAGAAAAGGAAAGCUCCACCAAGCGUCCAGGAUCCGACGCCAGCAGACGAUCCAACUGAAGAGCGAAUCGAGGAGCCACCCGCUGAAGGAGACGCUCCAAUCGAAGCUCUAAUCGUAGGCGAAGAGGAUUCAGUCGAAGAAGAUGUCGAAAUCCAAGACAUCUUAAUAACAACAACUAAAGCUAAGAAAACGAACCAUCUCAAAAGUUAUGUUUGUCUUUUUACGUGUGCAGUCACUCGAGCGGUUCACUUGGAACUACUACCCGAUAUGACGGCGCGUUCCUUCUUACUAGCCUUUCGAAAAUUCGCAGCUAGACGAGGACCCGUCUCAGUGAUGUAUUCGGACAACGCGCAAACGUUCCGAUGUGUCGACCGAUUCCUGAGAACUAUUCACGCCGAUCCCAUCAUUCAAGACUUUCUCGCGUCCAGAAAAACCCUUUGGAUAUUUUCCGCCAGCCUAGCGCCAUGGUGGGGAGGAUUCUGGGAACGGAUGGUGAGGAGCGUCAAGGAUCUGCUGCGACGCUCCAACGGUCGAGCCUGCCUUGAUUACAUGGAACUGGAAGCGAGUUUAGCAGAAAUCGAGAGCGUAAUCAACGCCCGCCCACUUAGCUACAUUGGAGAAGGAGCUGACGAUCCACUUCCGAUAACUCCAAACCAAUUUCUAAACAACAGACGUUCUACUCGUGCCGAUCCGGAGCCAGCCGUUAACUUGCUGGAUCCUACAUCGACCAGCAUCGUACUACAAGAGAUGGACAAGAACAGGAGGGAAUAUGUCGCUGACAUCUGUGCUAGAUUCGUCAACGAUUAUCUACUCCAACUAGACAACUUCCACUCCAAAGGAAAAUCCGGAAGGAAGAUCCGCCUAGGAGAAGUCGUCGUUAUCCACGACGAAAACUCCAAACGACUCAUGUGGUCUACCGGAGUAGUGAAGGAACUGAUUCCAAGCCGCGACGGACUCAUCCGCUCUGUCAUGCUCAAGAUUCCAAAUGGUAAUUUGAUUAAUAGAGCCAUUCAAUGUCUUCACCCUAUAGAGCUGCGAGAAGAUCUCGCCGAAGACGUCGAAAUUGGAAAUCCGGAACCGAUCCAGGAGCCGGAAGAGGAUCCAAAUCCAACUCUGCCAGAGCCAGAAAUCGAUCUCGCUGUCGGAGACGCUACGCUAGCUCCCGAAGAACCGGAAGACGUCGUCGAAGAUGUCGAGCCGGAUGCUACGGGCUCUGGUGGGGAGUGUGUUAGGAAUAUUCCAUUCCAACAGACGACGACGAGAUCAGGACGCCGCACAACAACACCGGCGCACCUACGCGACUAUUGCCUUGGGGGCCCCCGAUAG